AUGGAUUCGGGUUCCGAUGAAGAGAGCAAUAGGAAUAUCAAUCACACUCCUCCAGAAGGGGCGAAGAAGCCCAAACGCCAGAUGAAGACUCCUUUUCAAUUGGAAGCCCUUGAGAAAACUUAUGCUAAUGAGACAUAUCCAUCAGAAGCAACAAGAGCAGAUCUGUCUGUGAAAUUGGGGUUAUCAGACAGGCAGCUGCAGAUGUGGUUUUGCCAUCGGCGAUUGAAAGACAAGAAGGAGUUGAAAGAGAAGAAAGAGUCUCAAGGAACGGCAGCGAUGAAGCCUCGUUCUUCUGCUGCAGUUGGAAAACAGAGUUUGAUAGAGUCUCCCCAAGAUGAAAUGAUGGGUGCUGAGCACAUGUCGCGAUCACGCUCGGGAUCUGGCUCAGGUUCCGGUUCAGGUUCAGGAUCUGGUUCCAGUCAGUUUGAUAAUGGGGAUGAUAUGCCAAUGGUGCCAAAAAGAUAUUAUGAAUCACCAAGGACAAUGAUGGCACGUAGAGUGAUUGCUUGUGUAGAGGCACAGUUGGGAGAGCCAUUAAGAGAAGAUGGACCUAUUCUGGGGGUUGAGUUUGAUGUACCUCCACCUGAUGCUUUUGGUGCUCCUAUAGUGACUGCUGAGCAUCGGGACCGGUUUAGGAAAUCUUAUGAGAAGAAGCCAUAUGGGUCUUAUGAAACGAAGCAGAUCAAAUCCUUAUCUGGUGGUCUCCGAGAACCUGCUGAUUCAAAGAUUAGAACUGAUUCUUAUGGACAAGUUGCUCCAGCGUACCUAUAUGAUUCACCUGUUGUGGGUCCAAGUGGUAAAACUUUGUCUUCAGCACAGACAAAUGGACAUUUGCCCCGAGAAUAUGGUGUUGAGGGUCAAUCAUCAAGCGCUGGCAAGCAAGGGCAUUUACGUUAUCCUUCUCCGAAUGAUGCCAUGAUGUCAAAAAGUGAGGAGAUCAUGCAGAUGGAGCGGAAGCGCAAGAAUGAUGAAACUAGAAGUGAAAGAGAGGUCCAAGCUAAUGAAAAGAGGAUUAGAAAGGAACUAGAGAAGCAGGAUCUCUUAAGGCGAAAGAUGGAGGAACAAAUGAGGAAGGAAAUGGAGAAACAAGAUCGUGAAAGAAGGAAGGAAGAGCAGAGGAUUAUAAGAGAGCAGCAAAAGAAGGAGGAAAGAUAUCAGCGUGAGGAGAAACGUGAAAUGGAGAGGAGAGAAAAGUUUAUGCAGAGAGAACUUUUACGUGCUGAGAGGAAGAAACAGAAGGAAGAUAGUAGAAGAGAAAGGGAACUCGCAAGACAAAAGGCUGCAAUGGAGAGAGCGGCGGCAAGAAGGAUUGCUAAGGAGUCAUUGGAGCUGAUUGAGGAUGAACGGUUGGAAUUGAUGGAUUUAGCUGCUGGUAGCAAAGGAUUGCCCUCGAUUGCUUCUCUUGAUUUUGACGCUUUACAGGGCCUUGAGUCAUUCAGAGACUCUUUGUGUAAAUUUCCUCCCGAUUCUGUGAAAUUGAAGAAGCCUUUUGCUAUUCAUCCUUGGGUUGAUUCAGAGGAAAAUGUGGGGAACUUGCUCAUGGUAUGGAGGUUUUGUAUUACUUUUGCUGAUCUUCUAGGGCUUUGGCCUUUUACCCUUGAUGAAUUUGUUCAAGCUUUUCAUGACUAUGAUUCAAGGCUGCUGGGUGAGAUACACAUUGCUCUGCUAAAAAUGAUCAUAAAAGAUAUUGAGGAUGUUGUUAGAACACCUACAGGUGGCCCUGGCACUAAUCAAUAUACUGUUAUCAAUCCUGAAGGUGGACAUCCUCAGAUAGUUGAAGGGGCAUUUGUUUGGGGUUUUGAUAUACGCAGUUGGCAAAAGCACUUGAAUCCACUUACAUGGCCUGAAAUUUUGAGGCAAUUUUCUCUUGCAGCUGGUUAUGGUCCCGAACUCAAAAAGAAGAGCUCAGAACGGGGGGGUUUGAAUGACAAUGAUGAGACAAAAGGCUGUGAAGAUAUAGUAUCCACUCUUCGAAAUGGAUCAGCUGCUCGAAAUGCUGUCAACAUCAUGCGGGAAAAAGGAUUCUCCCUUCAGCGCAAAUCUAGGCAUCGGCUUACGCCUGGAACUGUGAAAUUUGCUGCUUACCAUGUGCUUGCUCUUGAGGGAAGCAAGGGACUAAAUGUUUUAGAUCUUGCAGACAAAAUUCAGAAAUCUGGACUUCGUGAUUUAACUACUAGCAAGACGCCUGAGGCCUCAAUUUCUGUUGCCUUAUCGAGGGACCCAGUGCUUUUUGAGAGAAUAGCUCCUUCGACCUACAAUGUGCGACCUGCUUAUAGGAAGGACCCUGCUGAUGCUGAGGCUAUAAUUUCAGAAGCUAGGGAGAAGAUACAGAGAUUUGUCAAUGGUGUUUUAUCUGGACAAAAUGGUGAGGAUGAAGAAGGAGAUGAUGACUCUGAUUGUGAUGUUGCUGAGGGGCCAGAAGUUGAUGAUUUGGGUACUCCAUCUGAUGCAAAUAAAAUAGUUGAGGGUUGUAAUGAAGCUGGCACUAGCACUGGUGACGGAAAAGAUUGCAAAACAGAUGAGACUGCUGUACAGAAUGAUUCGGGUGCUGAUGGAACUAGCAAAUCUGACCCUGGGGCAGAAAUCGAUGAAAGUAAGUCUGGUCAGCCAUGGGUCCAAGGACUUACUGAAGGAGAAUAUUCUGAACUGUCUGUAGAGGAGCGCCUUAAUGCUCUUGUUGUCCUGGUUGGUAUUGCAAAUGAAGGGAAUUCUAUCCGCUUAAUUCUUGAGGAUCGACUUGAUGCAGCAAAUGCACUUAAAAAACAGAUGUGGGCUGAAGCACAGUUGGAUAAGAGGCGCAUGAAAGAAGAUUUUGUUACUAAAUUUAGUGAAUCUGCGUAUGGUGCUGCUGAGGGUAGCCAAAGUCCAUUGGCACUGGCUGACAAUAAAAAUGGUGAGGCAUCACCCGACAAUGCAGGGAAGGAUGAGUCAGCUGUUGGGGUGGACAAUGCUCAAAGUCAGAUUGACACUUUCCACGUAGAAAAGAACUCGUUGGGGACUGAUUCUUCUUUCGCUCAGAUUUCUAACUCAAUUCAGCAAAACAAUCUUACAGCAGAGAGGUCACGGAUGCAGAUGAAAGCUUUUAUUGGACACACAGCUGAAGAGAUGUAUGUAUACAGAUCCCUUCCUCUUGGCUUAGAUCGACGGCGUAACCGUUACUGGCUGUUUGUUGCAUCCCCAUCUAGUCAUGAUCCAGGUUCUGGUCGGAUUUUUGUUGAAUCUCCUGAUGGUUACUGGAGGCUUAUUGACACUGAGGAGACAUUUGACGCUUUGUUGGCUUCGCUAGAUAUGCGCGGAGUUAGGGAAUCUCAUUUGCAUAUAAUGCUAAAGAAGAUUGAAGCUCCUUUCCGUGAACGUGUCCAGAGGAAUUUGUCAUGUGGUCAUGUUCCAGGGAAUGAUGGGAUGAAAACUUUAGAGGAAUGUGCUGAAAUUCGUUCCCAUUCAGAUGGCAGUACUGAUGCUGAGAGUCCUAGUAGUACUGUCUGUGUUACAAACUUUGAUUCAUUGGAACCGUCAUCUUCAUUUAAGGUUGAGCUUGGGAGAACUGAAGCAGAACGGGAGAAUGCACUUAGAAGAUAUGAGGAUUUAGAACUUUGGACAUGGAAAGAAUGCUUUAAUCCAACUGUCUUGCGUGCCAUGUCCUAUGGCAAGAAUAUGCGUACACCAUUGCUAGGAAUAUGUUCUCUCUGUCUCGACUGUUAUGUGAGUGUAGAAGGGCAGUGGUGUUCAUGCAACAAAACAAUGAAGAUUGAGAGCAGAGAAGGCGUCAUGGAACAGCCGAGGUAUCCUUCUGAAGAAAAAGUCGAUGUUGAGUGUCUGGAUCCCAAUAUUUCAAACUCCUCGCAACAACCUCUAAGGAUCAGAUUAAUCAAAGUCUUGUUAAAUUCCCUUGAGGCUUCUGUUCCAUCUGAAGCUCUUCAGUCUUUCUGGACAGAAGAUAUAAGAAAAACAUGGGCCUCGAAGUUGCUCAAGUCAUCUUGCACUGACGAUCUCUUGCAGGUCCUGACACAAUUUGAGGGUGCCAUAAAACGGGAUAAUUUAUCAUCUAGUUUCGAAACAACAGAAGAGUUGUUAAGCUUUUGUGCUUCUUUAAAAAGCACUGGCUUUGAAUCUUUUUCAGGAUCCAUUCCACGGCUUCCUUGGAUACCGCCCACCACUGCUGCAGUGUCUCUCAGGCUAUUUGACCUUGAUGCUUCAAUUUCCUUUGGUCAACAUCAGAGACCUGAUGUUCAAGAAGAAAAGAAAGUGGAACACUUAAUUAAACUUCCUUCGAGAUACGCCAAUACGAGCAGUGCACAAAAGGUUCAAUCAGUGGCACGGAAUGGAGACAAGCAAGUCAAAGGAGAAGCUUGGGAAUACACGGGUCAUGCAUCUGGUAGCUCUGAGUAUAAGCAAAGCAUCAGUGGGCGAGGAACUGCGCGCCCACGUGGAAAGUUGCAAAAGGGACCUGCUGGUCCAGUGUCAGAAUCUGCCCGGCAGAGUGCAAAGCAUGGGACAUUGACUCAGGUUCUCAUGCAACAGGGUGAAAGAUCGUAUGGACAGAAACAUGGACGAGGGCGGCGAACGGUUAGGAAAAGAAGGAUUGAGAAGAAAAUUGUUGAGGAGAAACUCCCGGAUCAACCAGGUGACAAGGCUGGCAUUAGGAUUGUCUCAGGGUUAGGAAGACGCACCUGUCCUGUUGAGAAAGCUGUCACCACGAAUUUUAGAGAAGUGCAAGACAACACUAGUAGUAGUAGUAGUAGUGGUGGAUCAGAUGAUGAAGGUGUUGAUUCUGAUGACAAUGCUCCAGAAGCAACCUAUAAUUACGGGAAGUGGUCAGCUGGAUUUUCUGUUGCUCCUCACAGAACCAACAGUGAUAUGAUGGAAGUGAGCGAGGAGGAGGCAGAUGAUAGUGAGGAGGACAAUAAUGCUGGCGAAGACGAUGGUGAAAAUAUGGAAGAUGGAGAAGAGUUAGGGGUAAAUGAUGAUUAUGAUUCUGAUAGAGAUAUGGAUAGAAAUGGUGACGAAGAAUCUGAUUCUGUAGUAUCUGGAGAUUACAGUGACUGA